AUGGAGCGGAACCUCCUCCACUCAUCUCGGUAUGCACGACCCCUCAACAUCCCGAGAGCCAAGAAUAAGCUUACCACUGCAGCGCAAAAUGAGCGGUAUGUCAGCAAAAGGCAUGGGACCAACCACGAGAGCCCAGAGGUCCAAGUGAGACCGUCUGUGAGACCCAGCCCUCUGGCGUCUGACAGGUGCAACUGCGCCGCCGCCUCUGGAACUCCUUUGGCCCUCCUCCCGGCGGCCAUCGACUUGACUCGAACCGUCCUAGUCGGCGACUCGUCCCUCCGCCCUCAGCACCAAGACGCUCAGCAGAGACUCGGAUUGCAGCUCAGCCCUGCGACGCACGCCUAUCGCCCUAUGCCAUACUUUAUUCCGUAG